AGUAGUAUUGCCGCUGGGAUUCUCCUCAUCCGCUUUCAAAAAAUUGGAAAUUAGCGCAUUUAAAUGAAAAAAUGAAUAGGUUGAGGGUUAUUUUUGCGGUGGCCGACACCUGAAUGGGAGGAGCCAUGCCAGCAUGAGCGGCCCUCACAAAGGGUCCAGCAGAGGGACUCCUCACUCCAGCUGCCCUUUGACCUCUGGCCGUGACCUCUCCACUCCCCCCACUGCCUGCUCGUCCUCCUCCAGACACCAUGAGCACUGGACUGGACUAACCAUGGCUGCUGCCACCUCCUCACUCAAACACAUGUCUGUGUAUGGGUUCACGCAAAGGGAGCACUCCUCUUCCUCCUCCUCCUCCUCCUCCUACAGCCCUCUGAGGCGGCUGCAGCACCUCACCACCAUGGUGAGCCAGCCUGACCUGGUCCUGCCGGAGAGGGAGGAGAAGAAGGAGCGAGGAAGCGGCUGGGAGUGGGAGGGGAACAAGAAGGAGAGGGUGAAGGAGGCGCAGAGGGGCUCCUGGACUGACUGCACUACCAGGGAUUACUCUCACACCCGGAGUACAAGCAGGGAGAACACGUUUGGUGAUGCCACUGAGGGACGUAAACCACCCACAAUCCUGCCAGGAACUAGAGACGUGCCAGCGUCCAACCAGAGUGAUCCUGCCACCUUGGAGAAAAAGCCAGAUGGCUGUUUCUCUGGCCCGCCCAGCCCAGCCUUCUCCCUUGACAGUAACAGUCCCUUUGCCAACGGCUUCCUCCACUUUGAGUCGUCUUUAUUUGAGGACGACGAUGACAAUGGUGACAGCGCAGAAGGGCAGGAAGCCGCAUCACCCAUAGCUGACAAACAUGAGAGGGCGGGGAACACUGUGAAGUCCACUCAUGGGGUCUUAAAUCCGGACUCCACGAACCCAGCCUUGUCGUCGACCAAGGUCGUGACCCGGUCCCAGUGCACCGGUCAGCGCAGGAGGUACUGGGAUGGGUCAGAUGACGACUGGGAGAGCGACACUGAGUCCUUCCUGUUUGGGAAUAGCCCCUCGAGGCAUUCAAUGCAAAGCAGCCCAAAGAAAAGGAUCCUGCCGCCUGUGAAGUUUUUAGAGGGAGAAGUCAUAUGGGCAAAGUUCAAUCGAAGACCGUGGUGGCCUUGUGAGGUGGUCGUUGACCCUGAACAGGGAAUCUACCACAGAGUGAAAGAGCCCAGUGACCGGCCUUGUCGGCUUUACCAUGUCAGGACCUUUGGGGAGCCGGUGGAGUUGGCCUGGGUGGAAGGGAAAGCCAUUCACACUUUCAAGGGAGGCUUUGAAUUCGAACAGCUCCCUCUACUGCGCCGGAGGGGCAAGCAGAGGGAGGAGAACUACAAAUAUACUAUUGCUAAGCGUUAUCAGGACUCUUGGAAAUCCAGCGUGGCAGAGGCUGAAACUGUUCUCCCAGACAGACCCAAAAUGGCUUCCUGCAUAUCUUCCUCCUUAGAUGAGGCCUUCCAUAAUGGCUCCACACCAGAUAGAGAGAACAAAGCCCAUAUAACCCUUCCUCCCUCCACUUCACCUGUCCUCACUCCACCUGAAGCAUCUCAUAUGACCAAUGGAACCGUGUCGUCCCCGAUAACAACUCCAGAAAAGCCAAGCAUUUUAAGAAGGCCUCCUGGCAAGAAGAAACCAAAUAAACCGUCAAGGGACAUAAGCAGUAAACACUCCAAAAAGACAUUUCACAAUAGUCCAGACCAGUCAGCGAGGGAUGCGGGAGAGUGCCCAUAUUCUGAUCUGGACUCAGUCCCUAAGAUUUUAUGUCCUAAAGCACUUGAACGCCAGUCCAAACUGGUCCCAGCUCCACCUUUGGUUGCAGUUGUCAAAGAGGUGAAGAAACAGCCAGAGAUUCAAAGUGGUUUGUGGUUCAGCAAAGCUGGCAAAGACAGACGACCUAAAACAACCAGUCCUAUACCAGACCGUACUCUCUUUAGUAAGGUGCCCUGUAAGAAAAAGGCCUCAUCUAUUGUCAGUAAAAAGACAAUGGCUGCUAGUGUCACGUCCAGUGUGACUGGUGUGCCUGCUGACCAACCAGGAUGGUCAGACAAGCACAAGACCCCAGUAUCUCCUGAAACUGACAUGCCCUCAGACCAAUCAGGACAUUUGAAGGGUAAAAGCACGUUGGUUGUUACUAUGCCUUCUGGUAUAACCGGAGGGUCCACUGACCAGUCAGGAUUGUUGGACAAGCAUAAGACCCUGAUCUCUGUUGAGACUGACAUGCCCCCUGAUCAGUCUGGAUUUUCAAAGAGUAAAAGGACUCCAGUCAGUAAUGUGACUGUCAGUGUGACUGGCAUACCUCCUGACCAGUUAGGCAGCUCAGAUGUGAAAAAGACCCCAGUCCCCACCGUUGUGCUCAGUUCCAUUGACCAAUCCAAACUUUCAGAGGUUAAAGAAAGCCUGGUUUUCACUCAGCUUAUUGGACAAUCUGACAAGAUGGUCAACAAAAAGGCCCCAGCAACUGGCAUGAUUUCUGACCAAGCAGAAAAAAUGGAGAGUAAAAACUUCCCAGUUUCUGGUUUAAAGGUCAGCAUCACUGACCCAUCACGGAGACAAGGGAAGCAGAAAACCCUCGUCUCUGAGUCUGCCAUGCCCAUUGUCAAAUCAGCACGUAAGGACACAAAGGGGAAGAGGACAUCAGACUCCAGUAUAAUUGUCAGUCCCACUGACCAACAAGGACAGACAAAGCCUGAAAUGACACUAGAUACUAAUGUGACUACUGUGUCUUCUAACAAGUUAGCUAAUUCAGAAUCUAAAAAGUCUUCAGUUGCAAGGUUAACCACUAGUUGUGUGACUGGUCUGCCUUGUCACCAAUCAGAAUCGUUAGAAGGGAAAACUCUUCCACCCUCCAGUGUGACAAAUAUGUCCGCUGAUGAGUUACACAGCCCAGAAGACAAAAAGGUGGCAGUUGCAAAAGUGAGUGCUAGCAGUGUGGCAUAUUUGUCCCUUAACCAGACAGGAUGGUCAGAAGCUAAAAAGUCCCUAGCCUUCGAUGUGGCAAAUGCAUCUUCCGAUCAAUUUGGCAGCUCGGAACUUAAAAAUACUCCCAUAACUAGUGUAGCUUAUAAUAAAUCUUCUCUACCCUCUCAUGAAGUUGGAAAUUUAGCUGCUAGUAGUGCUCCUGUAUCCUCCAUGUCAGUACAUUCAUCCUCCAACAAAUCAAAGAAAACUUUAGAUGAUUUCAAGGAAGUUCUAGACAAAGUAAAUAAAGGUCUUGAUGAGCCGCCCGCUCACCUCCCUGCUAGCAACCGGCUGAUGACCAGGGCCCUGAAAGCCAUGCAGGAGGCUGAACAGAAAAAGCGUGAAAAGGCCCUCAAGGAGGCUGAGCAGAGGAAGCUCUCAAAACCAAAUUCAUGCUGUGCCGCACAAAACUCAACUUGGAUACCAGAAUCCAAACUGGACUUCUGUUCUAAAAUGAAAUCUCUAAAGAGUGAUUAUGAUGACAGUGGUGGUUAUGAUCAGAACAAAACUUUUUCAAGCUGCAGCACUCCUCCCUAUUCUUCAGUGUUAUCCGAUUCAAAUGACUUUGAGGCUGACGUAAAGAGCGAGGACGAGGACUUCUCAAUAUCCCCAACUCCACCAAUGGACUUCAUACCCCUGACCUCUAGAGUAAAGACAAAGAAAGAAAAGUCUUCCUCUGACUUAUCCUCAUCCUCACCCUCAUCACCCUUUUCUUUUAUGAAUAACCUGAAAGACCUGGAGGAGAUAUCCUUCCAGUCCCUUACGAAGGAGAGUGAUGGGAAACCUAUCUCAUUCAAACCAGACACAAACUUCAAGUUCAGCACUUUUCUUAUGCUGCUGAAGGACUUGCAUGACACUAGAGAACGAGAAGGGGCUCCCUUAGAGCUGGAGAUCGGGCCACCAAGUGCCCAUGUUAAGGAGGAGCCCUUAGUGAUGCCAACGUUGCCUGUGGAAUCUUCUCUCACAGGCCAAGAUCAACAAAUUAAACAUAUCAAUGACAAAUGUAAACCUAAGUCAAGUCCAAAAAAAGAAAUCACACACACACAAGAUAGCGCAGGUCAAUCCUCCAAAAGACCCUGUAACAGAAGGAGCAGCUCCACUGUGGGGAGAAAGAAAGCCAACGCCAAAGUGCCUUGUCGUCCAGCAAGGUCAGGACCUGGAUACCCAGGCAUGGAGGCCUUGCCGGGAAAACAGUCGUCCUCGGGCAUGCAGGCCAGUGCUUGGGAGAGACUCAUCCAAGACAGAGGUAGUGAGGGUGGAGUGGAGGAGGAGGAGGAGAAUUGCAGCAGAGCAAAGGAGAAAUUACAGAACUCGGUGCCUUUGGAGCAAAGGGUCUCUGAUGCUGUGCUGCUCUCUCAACCAAAGGCGGGUCUGGAGCAGACAAAUGGCCUUAUUGCAGACUGCACUGAGAUGAACGCAAACUCGGUGCACAGCACUGGAGGAAACAGGGAGGCUCCUGUGGCACAUAAACGAAUCAGAAAACCAAGCAAAAGGCUGAUCGAAUGGACUGAAGAGUAUGAUCAGAUUUUCUCCACAAGGAAGAAAACCAAAAAGCCUCUCAAGUCAAUUGGAAAGGCGACUCAACCCAUCAACACCACAGCCGAUCCACCGCUAUCAGACAAGGAUGCACAUGAUAAUGAUGCACAUGACCAUCCUGCCUUGGACUUACUUCCUGAAAUACAGACGCCACCUCCUGAAGAAGUCACUUUAACAGCAGCCUCAGAACUACAAGUUUCCAGUACUGAGAGUUCAUCUUCCCAAGCACCAGUGCUUUCCAUUGACACACUAACUCCGCCCCCUGAAGUUGAACCCUCCCUGUCAACGGAAAGAACAGAGACACUCGUCAAAGACGAUGUCUCAGCAAACGCUCCAGUCCUGGAGAGGAAGAGGAAGAGAAAACCCACCCAAAAGAUCCUAGAAUACUGUCUGGAGGCAGAGGCUUCAGCAGUGCCCAAAAAGAAGCGAGACAAGAGUAACUCGUCACAGUCGCUGAAGAACAACACAACGAAUCCUCCCCCACAACCAGCUGCCGCUGACGUUGCUGCGGGACCCUCAGGCGCUGGAGUUCCUCCUUUAAAAUUGAAGAACAAGCAGCCGACGCCUUCCAUCUCCACACCAGCCACCCCGGCGGCUUCCACCUGCGUGCCCUCACCCUCUGCUGAAAACACUCCCUCCCCCACCUCCCCCGCACCCCCCACCCCUCCACCUUGCCCUCCCAAACCUAGCCGAAUAGAGAGAGUGCCAGGCAGCGUGACGACUCCACAGGCAGAGGAGAGCAAGGCACCUGAGGUCGGAAAGGACACGGCGGAGUCAGAGGGCGACCAAUCCAGCCUGGAUAAUAGUUUCUCUUCUGUGAGGGAAGACUCGUCACUGUGUGAUGACCCACUCUUACCCACCAGGAAGAUCAUUGGGGACCGAGGAGGUCCCGCCUCUAUGAAGGAGAAUAUAUGUCAGGUGUGUGAGAAGACGGGCGAGCUGCUGCUCUGCGAGGGUCACUGCUGCGGGGCCUUCCACCUUGCCUGUAUCUCUCUGGCUGAGGCCCCGAAAGGGAAAUUCAUCUGCCCUGAGUGCAAAUCAGGCGUCCACACCUGCUUUGUGUGUAAGAAGCGCAGUGAGGAUGUGAGGCGCUGCAUGAUUCCUGUGUGUGGGAAGUUUUACCACGGAGAGUGCAUUGCCAACCACGCUCCCACCGCCCCGCUGAACCGAGGCUUCCGCUGCUCUCUCCACGUCUGUCUGACCUGCUUCAUCACCAACCCCAGUAACCCUUCUAUUUCUAAAGGUCGGCUGGUGCGGUGCGUUCGCUGCCCUGUCGCCUACCACGCCACGGACAUCUGCAUGGCGGCGGGCAGCGUGGUCCUGUCCAACAACAGCAUCAUCUGUCCCAACCACUUCACCCCCCGCCGCGGCGUCAAGAACCACGAGCACGUCAACGUCAGCUGGUGCUUCGUCUGCACUGAGGGGGGCAGUCUGCUGUGCUGCGAGUCCUGUCCUGCUGCGUUCCACCGAGAGUGUCUGAACAUCGACAUGCCCAAAGGCAGCUGGUACUGCAACGACUGCAGGGCCGGGAAGAAACCGCAUUACAAGGACAUCCUGUGGGUCAAAGUGGGGCGCUACAGGUGGUGGCCAGCCGAGGUCAGCCAUCCCAAAACCAUCCCAGAGAACAUCCAGCGGAUGAGGCACGAUGUGGGAGAGUUCCCCGUUCACUUCUUCGGCUCCAACGACUACCUGUGGACGUACCAGGCCAGGGUCUUCCCUUACAUGGACGUAGACGCCAACAGCAAAGAGAAAAUGGGGAAGGGCGUUGACGCCAUCUAUAAGAAAGCGUUGGAGGAAGCAGCUGUGCGGUUUCGUGAGUUGCAGGCGGAGAAGGAGCUGCGGCAGCUGCAGGAGGACAGGAAGAACGACAGGAAGCCUCCUCCGUACAGACACAUUAAGGUGAAUCGACCAAUAGGGAAGGUGCAGAUCAUCACAGCGGACCUAUCAGAGAUCCCGCGCUGUAACUGCAAGGCGACAGACGAGAGUCCGUGCGGGAUGGACUCAGAGUGCAUCAACCGCAUGCUGCUUUACGAGUGCCACCCGCAGGUUUGCCCGGCGGGCGAGCGGUGCCUCAACCAGGCUUUUACCAAGCGUCAGUACAGCCAGGUGGAGAUCUUCAGGACGCUGUCGCGAGGCUGGGGGCUCCGCUGCGUCCACGACAUCAAGAAGGGUGAGUUUGUGAGCGAGUACGUAGGCGAGAUGAUCGAUGAGGAGGAGUGCAGGUCGAGGAUCAGACACGCCCAGGAAAAUGACAUCUGCAACUUCUACAUGCUCACCUUGGACAAGGACCGGAUCAUUGACGCUGGGCCGAAGGGGAACGAGGCUCGCUUCAUGAAUCACAGCUGCCAGCCGAACUGUGAGACGCAGAAGUGGACGGUGAGUGGAGACACCCGGGUCGGCCUGUUCGCCCUCGUCGACAUCACUGCAGGCACAGAGCUCACCUUCAACUACAACCUGGAGUGUUUGGGUAAUGGGAAGACGGUGUGUAAAUGUGGAGCACCAAACUGCAGCGGCUUCCUGGGUGUGAGGCCAAAGAACAACCCUCCGUCUGAAGACAAAGGUCGCCGGGUGAAGAAGAAGGGCCAGGGCAAGAGGAAGAACAAGGUGGUGGUGACGAAAGAGAGGGAGGACGAGUGUUUCAGCUGCGGAGACGGAGGCCAGAUGGUUUCCUGUAAGAGACCCGGCUGCCCCAAAGUUUACCACGCCGACUGCCUCAACCUCACCAAGAGGCCUGCAGGUCGCUGGGAAUGCCCUUGGCACCAGUGUGACAUUUGUGGGAAGGAGGCGGCCUCCUUCUGUGAGAUGUGCCCCAGCUCGUACUGCUGCCAGCACCGCGACGGCCUGCUCUUCAUCUCCAAGCUGGACGGCAAGCUGUCCUGCAGCGAGCACGACCCCUGCGGCCCCGAGCCGCUGGAGCCCGGCGAGAUCCGCGAGUACGCCCCUGAGCCCCGAGCCCUGCCCUCGGGCCUGGGCAUGGCGGUCAUCCCCUCGGCUUCCUCCAGCACCGCCGCAGGUCCCGUCUGCACUGCCACACGAGUCCGGGGGAUGAGGACGGGCGCCGAGUCCUUCCCGCCUUUCUCCAUCCCGGUACCCAUCACCAUUCCCGUGGCCGCGUCCGCCACGACACCUCCUCCUGGCUCUAACACUUCCGGGAGCCCGCAAGCCUUCGAGCUUCCUCAUUACUCACCGGUCUCCUCGUAUGAGGACGAGAGGGAUGUGGCAGAGGAGGAGGUGUUGGCAGAGGAGGAGGAGGAGGAGACGGUGGAGGAGGAGGGCGAGGCGGGACGGCAGAAACCGGAUGUACAUGAAGAGGACGGAGAUGGAGCGCUGGAGGAAGGCGGGCUGGAAUAUGUCGAGGUAAAAGAGGAGGAGGACGAGGACGAGGAGGAGGAGGAGGAGGAAGAAGAAGAAGAGGAAGAGGAAGAAGAGUGACACAGUGGAUCAUCAUUCUGUGGUUAUUACAGUGGCAUGGGGUAUGGAGGCCAACCAACUGCAAAAAAAAAAGCAGCUCAUCUCUUUCUGCUGGCGGCCAGUGAGCACGCAUGUGGAGCCGAGGUGGGAAAGGAAGUAAAGAAGAAAAAAAUCACGUUACGCAAAAGCCCUGUCGUCAUUUUGAGCGAGCGAGGUGGCUCCUGUGACCGCAGGAGAAAGGCCUGCUGGCAGUUGGUUGGCCUGGCUAACCAAACACAGAUCUUGUUGUCAUUGUAAAUACAGACGUAUUCACGGAUUUGGGUGCAAACCAUCUCUAUAAACUGAGUUUAUAACACGGUGACUUUGCACACACAUUGACUUUGCACACAUUGACGCUGCCUGCACCUUGAAACGGGACACCCGACAGACGAGAUUAUAUGGAACUGCUAUAAAAA